CCCGGGCCGGGCUCGGCGGCGAUGGCGCUGCUGGGGCGGCUUGCGCGCCGCGCGCCCUGGCCCUGCAACGUGCUGCUCUACGGGGCGCUCUUCGCGGCGGGCGACGCGGCGCAGCAGCGGCUGCGGGGCGGCCCGGCCGACUGGGGCCAGACGCGGCGGGUGGCGCUGGUGGCGCUGGCCUUCCACGGCAACUUCAGCUACGCCUGGCUGCGCGCGCUCGAGCGCCUCCUGCCCGGCCGCGCGCCGCCCGCCGUCCUGGCCAAGGUGCUGUGCGACCAGCUGGUGGGCGCGCCCGUGGCCGUGCUGGCCUUCUACACCGGCAUGAGCAUACUUCAGGGGAAGGAAGACAUUUUCUUAGACUGCAGACAGAAAUUUUGGAAUACAUAUAAGACCGGGCUGAUGUACUGGCCUUUUGUGCAGCUUUCCAACUUCAGCUUGAUCCCUGUUUACUUGAGGACGGCAUAUACCGGCUUGUGUGGUUUUAUCUGGGCGACAUUCCUUUGCUUUUCGCAACAAAGUGGGGACGGCACCGCAAAAUCUGCUUUUAGGUUGCUCUGGGAAGGGAAAGACAAUACGGAUGAGAAAGCACCGGAGAAAUGAAGAUGUCGUCGUUACAGAGCAUUCCUCACUCAUCGAAGGCCAAAUGUGUUGCUAGGGAAAAAGAUGAUUUUUUUGUACUUCAGAUAACAUGCCUAGUUUUUAAUUCUCCGGUAUGUAGUAGGAUGGACAGCACCCCUACAGAUUGCAGGUGGUGGAUUCCUUUGCAUAAGAAGCUCCAUGCAUGCAGAAAAUUAGAGCAGGGAGAAAGGUUCUGCUUUGUUUCUAUUUGCUCCAUUUGCAGGGAGCUUUAAGGAAGAGGAACCCCAAAGCUGGAAUCUACCCCUUGCAAUCUGAAACUGCGCUGUCUUAACUCUGACGCCUCGUUCUCUGGUACCUGUGAACAGGGCCUUGGGAUAAACUCACAUGACUUUUUACAGAGUGAUAACUCACUGCAAUGGGAACGCAGUCACAUUGCAGAAUGAAUUGUCUGUACAGGGAGAAGAUUUUUACCAUUUCCUUCUACUGCCAGUUUCAGAAUUUUUGGGGGACCCUUGGGCUAGCUGCCAACCCCACCUGAAAGAUAUACAAAGUGCCAAUGGGGAACUUUCUCAUGCCACCUCUCUUCUAGGGUGCUCCAUGCAGAGUGAGAACAGAAGCAGGGUUCGGACAGCAGGUCCUUUUCUUGGCCUGGGGCCCCUGGAUAUGCUCAGCCUUGCCCAGCCUGUCAAGGUUGGCAACCUUGUCAAGAAUCUAGGAACAACAGGAAUUUUGAGAACAAGUAGUGUGAGAACGGCCGUUU